UCUGGCGCCCGACGAUGACGCAAUGCUCCCUGAUUGGCUCCGCGUCAAAGGCGGAGGUUUAGGGUACCGGGAAUUCUACAAACACGACACGUGGUAGCGGACAGUGAGGAGUUAUAGGGGGGUCUUCAGGUCAAAAAAGUUGAGAGGUGUGCAGGCCCUAGAGAAAUCUCUUAAUAUGAAGCUGAAUCUUACCAAAGUAGUUAAUGGCUGUCGUCUAGGGAAAAUAAAAAACCUGGGCAAAACUGGUGACGGCACCAUGGAUAUUCCCGGCUGCCUUCUGUACACCAGGACUGGCUCUGCCCCACACCUCACCCAUCACACACUGCAUAAUAUCCACAGGGUUCCUGCCAUGGUUCAGCUUACACUGUCAUCACUAGCAGAACAUCAUGAAGUCUUGGCAGAAUAUAAGGAGGGAGUUGGAAAGUUUAUAGGCAUGCCAGAGUCACUGUUAUACUGCUCCCUGCACGAUCCAGUUAGCCCUUGUCCAACUGGUUAUGUUACAAAUAAGUCUGUGUCGGUUUGGGGUGUUGGAGGACGAGUAGAAAUGACUGUUGCCAAAUUCAUGGCAAUUCAGCAAGCACUACAACCAGACUGGUUCCAGUGCCUGUCAGAUGGAGAGGCAUCUUGCUCGGAAGCAACUUCCAUAAAAAGAGCCAGAAAGUCUGUUGACCGAUCACUUCUAUUCCUGGAUCAUUGUCUUCAGCUACAGGAAAAAGCUGAGGGCCUACAGAAAAGUACCAUCAUUGGCGUGAUUGAAGGUGGAGACGUGCUGGAGGAGAGGUUGAGAUCAGCACGUCAGACAGCCAUGAGGCCCGUAGGUGGCUUCCUUCUGGAUGGCUUUCAAGGGGAUCCAGCAACCCUGGAGACCAGACUGCACUUGCUGUCAUCAGUCACGGAGGAGCUGCCAGAGGACAAACCAAGGCUCAUCUGUGGAAUUAGUCGGCCAGAUGAAGUGCUUGAGUGUAUUGAAAGAGGAGUGGACUUGUUUGAGAGUUUUUUCCCUUAUCAAGUGACAGAGCGGGGAUGUGCCCUAACUUUCAGCUUUGAUUACCAGCCGAAUCCUGAAGAGACAUUACUGCAACAAAAUGGAACACAGGGAGAAAUACAGUUUGUGGAUCAAACAAAGAAAGUUAAAACAACUGAUUACAACCAAGAAAUGACAUCAUUUGAGAUUAAUCUGAAGGAAAAAAAGUACCAGGAAGACUUUGACCCAGUGGUGAAAGGGUGUUCCUGUUACUGCUGUAAGAAUCACACUCGUGCAUACAUCCACCAUCUGCUAGUGACCAAGGAGCUGUUGGCUGGGGUCCUGCUCAUGAUGCACAACUUUGAACACUACUUUGGAUUUUUCCACUCCAUCCGGGAAGCACUGAAAAAUGACAGACUGGCAGAGCUGAAAGAGCUCAUUCGCAGGCAAGCAUCUUGAGAUGCUUGAGAUGAGACUGGCGGCUGCAAGUCUGACUGUCACAUUGCACCUAUACCACUGUUGCACUAUGGGAAGAAGAGGUCACAAAGUGGUCUUAGCUUUAAUCAUUCAUAUUUGAGAAUAAGAUCUGUUCAAAUCGGGAAUAUAUGUACAUGUGGCUGAAGAGAUUUCCUCUUGGGACUUAAAUGACCUGCAUUGAUCAGAAAGAAUGAAUCCUGAUCUUUAAUAUUUCUGUGCUCUUUUAGUCAAUAGAGAUUCAUUGAGUCAAAGACACUAGAUGUGAAGUGACACCCUUGAAGUAAGGGUGAUGAGAUUCUUAGGGUUCACUAACUUGAACUGGAACCUGAAGGGAGAUGAAUUGAUGAGUAGCAUGGCUUCUCUGGACUUAUGUUUGUUGACUGGAGAAGGAAUCUGAUUCAAGAGUUUAUUGUAAUCUUUAUAUCCUCAGGAGCUUCUUUCGGACACUUCUGCCUUCCAAGCUGCCCAAGCAGUGCAGUCAAUCAGAAAUGACUCUUGUGACUUCACCAGCAUUGCAUUCCUGGUGGAAUAUGGGGCUUACACUUUGCCCCUAUGACCGGUUGGUCCAGGGCACACUCUUUUUUUACUUGGCCACAUGGCCUAUGCAGUUGCCGUUAGAAGCUGAAAGUUUGCCUAACUACUUUCCUCUAAUCAUAGAGAUUCAUUAUGGUCUGCCUUUAACAGUUUAACCACAUGAUAACUGUAGCCCCAGCAAUUGGGGAGAUUCAUUCAUAUUGCAUUCACUUAGAUGGAGCCCUGGCCUGGCAAUCAGAGAAUCAAAUUUCAGUUCUACUCAGCUGUGACAUGUAGGCAGAUCAUUUAACCUCUCCAUCCUGUUUCCUCCUGCAUGGGACAUUCAUGAUGGAUAGGACUAAAUGAACUUCUGUGUUUCUAUCUAGCUCUAAUAUUUGGGAAACAUAGAGUUUUAGAUGAGGGUCAUAGCCUUACUUGUCCUUAUUUAUUGAUCACUAUUGGCUUGAUGAAAAAUGAAGCAAUGUCAGGGAUCAGACAACAGUAGUGGUACUUGAAAGCCUGAAUAGGUUUGGUUUGUAGAUUUUAAAGCAGUUGCUAAAUUGGCAGCAGCAGAUCUGGAGGGUGGAAGACUUUUCCAGAUCAUCUCUGAUUCUAUAAAAUUUUUCUGCUCUAACCAAUGGAAUAACAUUCAUGUUGAUGAUGUGCUAGGUGAUUUUUAUUUUCUUGUGCUUUUCUAUAUUUGUCAGAUUUUCUAUACAAAAUACAAAUAUAUAUACACAUGUGUACAGUUUUUUUAAAAACAACAAAACCAAAAAGAUGGCUUGUUUGUCACGUUUAUGUCCCACUUUGCUGUUUGUUCAUUUUAGUGGCCAUCAUUGAACAUUGCUUGUAAUUGUUAUGUGGUUACUGUAUUUUAAUGUGUUGAGUGUCCAUCUGAUGGUUUUCUCUUAUUAGUGGCUUAAGAAAGUGCAUGAAUUUUUGAAUCUCCUGGACAUUCUUAUAAUCUCUCCACCAAUGGCAAGGGGUACUUAUGGAAGACAGUUUCUAUUCUCAAGGAUCUGAUUGUUUUGAAAUAUACUGGAUUGGGCUUGUCCUGUGUUUAUAUUCCUGUUUAAUGCCAAACCCACUGUUGAAGGGAUAAUAAUAAAAAUCCGAGAAUACAUAUAAAAUUGGUGGGUUUUAUUUGUGUUUAAAACACUGAAAAUUCUGCCUAAUAUU